AUGUCGACGUAUUGGGGAUCCAUCCUUCUCGAACGAUCUGUAAUUAACCCCGAUUGGCCUACGGUAGGAAUUCGGCAACGAGUCAGCAGGGAACCAUUGACUGAGGAGGAACUCAGGAAAAGUCCAUUCGGUAAAUAUUUGAAAGAUGUUCAUCGGGUGAAAGGUCCCCAAACGAAUUCCACAUGGGACUCAGGUAGACCCGAUGGGUCGUCAAUGAACAGCAGUUCAGGAACAAAUAGAGAACCUCAUGGUGCACUACAUCGAAUCAAUUCCAAAUCUCUACCUCAAAUCACCAAACCCCUAUGCGAGUUUAGAGGCUGUGAUUCUUGCGAGGUUUGCAAGAAGGGAACGGUAACGAGCCGAAUUUAUUUUCCAGCUACAGCAUUGAAUUCGAGGACUGCUGGAAGCCAGCAAAAUGUGAAAGCGGACAGAGACGAGGACGAGGAAUACGAUGAGAUCAUUUCGAGGAACAACAGUCGAUUUACUCCCCAAGUGACGUCAACCAUGGCACCUGCCACAAUACCGAGAUCCACAAGAGAAAAUGCCCCAACGAAACUUUUCGAUCAGAAACGACUAGCCCCUAGUCCACCACCACGAGGAAUUCCCGUUCGGAAACCGCCCAAGAAAGAACAUUUAGAUUUUUCACCUGUGACUAUGAUCAGUUCUGUAAUGCCUCCUGAAAUUAGUGAAUCGUCCAGUGAAAGCUCUAGUACCGAUUCAACUGGUAUAAGUUUUGAAGUAAAACCACAUGUAGAACUGGUUAACAGAACAUCUAUGGAUUCUGGUGUGGGAGAUGAUGAAGAACCGAAAGUGACGAGAUUGUAG